UUUUCUUUACUUCCACGCAACAUGUGUAAUAACCCUCAUAGAAGUCAGGCAAAGCCGAGCAUUAUAAUCAUUCGGCCCAAGCCGUUGAUCAUUUAUGGCAGUAACGCAAAAUCUCUACCUAUAAUAACAUCCCUUUUCUUAAUAGGAAAAAGGGGGGACCGAUGUAUUACCUUUUCGUUGAUCUCAAGUAUAGCUGAAAUUCAUUAUACUGGGUUUUAUAGCACCCGACCCAGCCACCACAUCAUUAUCACAUUCAGCUACUCACAAUCAUAUAUUAAAGAUGGAACCCCCGUCCCCGAGGCAGCUACAGCCGUAUCGCGGUUUAGAUCACCUAGCACCUAAAUUAGCCGCACUAGUGGUGUUAUCUUCGCUCACAAAGAAUGUUCAUGCCUUCGAAUCUGUCUCCCAGGAUGAUUGGUCCCAUGGGACCCUCCUCUUGGAGUUCUGGACGACUCUACCAGACCUCCCAAGCAUAGUCACCGAGUGGGUGGCGUUAAUUCCACUUACGGUCUACCUAUCGAAUAUGCGGACAGUCUAUGAUCUGGCGGGCGAGGUGUCGUUACGUGCGAAGUUAUCGGUGAGCUUCGUACCAAAGCUAUGGGAGCUAGGUAGCAUUGCAAAGCUCUUGCGUGAGCGAGAGGUGUUUCUUGACAACUCCAGCUCCAUGGGCGAUCCGCUCAGGGUAUACGAUGUGCAGUGGGGUAGCGUCUUUCCCUGCUACAACAGCGCGGCAGCGGUCAGUGUUGCCGUCAAUGCCUCGCGCACUAUGGUACCAGGCUCGGAGAUUACGCAGGAAGAUCUGAACAACUGGAUUAUAGCACAUGAGGAGGAACUCGUGCAGAAAUUCCCCAGAGACCAGACUGUGGAGAAAUCUCUGCCACCAGUGCAGAGCGAGGUAUACUGUGGUGACGAUGUAAAAGACCUCGUGGAGAGGAAGCGAACGCUUGGGCGCACCCAAUACCUAAACAUCAUUUAUGUGCCGCUUCGCGAGAAAUCUGCUCUGCUCCCCGACUACCGACAACGACCAUGGGUUCAUCGCUCCAAGGUAGCCGCGCAAAUUCUUUUGGCCGUAGUGACAGGGUCGGUCCUGCUGAGCCUGGGCUGUAUUGGGACCGGCGUCAUUCUGUUAAUCGGAGCCGUUUCUCACUACUGCGCGCAACAUGUGCAAAUUAAGCGCUCUCCACUCUACCUCCGGAACCGGGAAGUCCACCAAGGCUGCAUGCUUGUUGCAGCCCACGAGAACGCAACCAUCUGGACGCUGUACCUAGGCGACCGCGGCAUGAUCGACUCGCUGUUAAACAAGCCCAUGGUCGAGAUCUGCAAAACUAACCCCAUUGUGUUGAACUGGUUCCAGUUCGCGGAAAUCCUCCAGGUCCUUGCGAUGACCUACGUCGCAGGCCAGCGAGGCUGGGAUGCGUUAUGCCUCUUGAUGGUCAUUCUCCUCUGGAGUCUGACACGCUUCAAUUCCCGUCACAAGCAUGCGGAGACCUGGCUACAGGAGGAAGGGUUCUCGACUAGAACACUGCGAUGUGAAUUUCCUGGUCGGUCGGAGCUUCUUGGUGCGGUACAACUACUCAGCACUGAGCAUCGCACACUCUGGAUGGACGGCAUCUUGGCGCCUGUCAAGCGCCGUGAUGUCUGGCUCGAGAAAAUCGGUGCCGUCGACAGCGACCCCGAUAGUCUUUGCGAAGGCUACUCUUCGCUAAAUGCCCACGAUCGAUACUGGGUGAGGGCCACGGGCAUGCAGACCCUCGCUGGAUACAAUUCGAUUAAAGACAAACUGUCAGAGAUCGGGUCUCCGUACAUUGGAUGAUGAUGAUGAUAUUGUUCAUGUCCAAGUCGCAUCUCCAUAAGGAGGGAAAGCCAGAGUUAGCGUAGAGAGAUCCGCCACUACGUUCCCGCCUGCGCAGGGUUCUAGCUAGUUGGCGCCGACGCUAAUUACCCGCCUGGUGAACGCUAAACGAAUAGGUACCUGAGAAUACACGCCCAACUGCCCCUUCCCAGCAAGGAAACACUCUCAUUUAUUCAUGUAUUGAUGAACUUCUUUUGUACUUAGCCAAUUUUUAUUCUUACUUACCUAUACGAUCAUUUUCAUAGUUUAGUUGUUAGAUACCUAAGUUUCAACGAAAUGAACUUACUUUUCACUUACAUAAGUCAUCUCGCAUAUCUGUGAA